UCAUGUCAAGAUAUUUCUGUCAAGGAGAGUAUAGGCCUUUCAUGGUUUUCUUUGUUAUUUCAGUUUGAUUUAGGUGAGGUAAGUCGAAAAAAAAAGAAAAGAAAAAGUAGUAAAGUGUUUGGAACGUUUUGUAAAAGACCCGCGAGACGAUACGGACGACGCCUGGUGUUUCCCACGCGAUGUCAAGGUUUGCGCUAUUGCACACUCGUAUGUUUCUCCCUUCGAAUCUCUAUCCUCUUCUACUCAAAGUGUUUCAAGGCUCAAGUACUGCUCCCAGUCUCGUCACGUUUUGCGCCACAUAAUACAUUCAGUUUAUCCUUGUCUGCUUCGCGUGCAUCGUCACGUAUAUUGUAUUUUGUCCGUUGCACCGUCUCUCUCUCUCUCUCUCUCUCUCUCUCCUUUUCCCACUCACUACGCUCUCUUGUCGUUGCCGCCACCGUCACUGCACACUCUCUUCGCUAAUCGUGCGUGUGUCUCUGCUACUUUGCGCUGCGCGAGUCUGUUUAUGUGGGUGCGCGAUUCUGGUUGCGUCGUGAAAACAAUUGUUUUUCGUGUUCCCUCGUCAGCCGUCAAGACUUGGUGAAAGUCUAGUGACGCAGGUGUUGGUACAAGUACAAUAGUGAAUCCACGAAGAGCAAGAGAGGAAAAGAGAAAGAAAUAGUCUAAAGUUUCUUGUCUGUGGCGUUAAGUUGGAGUUCUUGGCCUCUUGGAGUUACUGUCGCUACCCCACAGCAACGUCUUUCUCUCUCCCGCACUGUCUCUGUCUCUUCGAUAUAUCUCUUUCCGUCACACACUCCCCCGCUGUGUAUACGUUUAUCUCUGAGUGAGUUUCGGGCGGCAUACAGCGAAAUAACGCGCGCUAGUGCAGAGAGGAGUAAAAAAAGGAGGACGCGGCGGUAGUGGCAGCGUUGACCGUUCAGAGCAGCGAAGGAGUAGCUAUAGAGAAGAAGACGAAGAAGAGGAAGAAAAGUAACAAGCUGUGUGCGGUCAAGCUGGGCUCGACGCUAGGACUGCGCGAAGACCUAUCACUCUCCAAUCCGAUGUGCUGCGUUUUCGUGUUUUCACACACGUUGUAGUGACAGAGGAUGGAUUAUUCGAGCUGCAUUUUUCGGCCGCUCCGACCCUACCGGCCGUAUUUAUGAGAAAAAAAAUAGUGCGUCAACAACAACGACGAAGAGUUGUGUUGCUGUUGCGUUGUGUGAGUAGUUACGAGAGAGCUGGAAAGGACUUUGGCCCCGCAACGACAAUAUACAGCUACUGCAGAGAGAAAGAAAGAGAGAGCGCUUCCUCUUUCUCUCUUGUCUGCGCACCUUGCAACAAAAGCUUGUACACGCCGACAACAAAAGAUUUGUUACUGCUCUGCUACUGACGCGAGGGCAACCCAGUCGUCACCAUCGCCGAGUGCCGAGGACCUCGCUGCUCGCUGGCGACAGCGCCGGUCAAAGUGGCUCCCACGGAGUGCGUUGAUCGUCGAGGCAAAAUUGGCUCUAACACGGAUCCCGCAAUGGUCAUACGGUCGGAUGGUGGCAGCAGCGAAAGCCCACUUCUUGUAGAAGAGGGUGAGGCUGUUGGCCAACCUCACAGUCCUCACAACAAAAAUAGUCAUAGUAACAGUAACGUACAUCCUCGCGGUGCCCAGAGUCAUCACCAUGAUAAGCCUAAACAAGCAGUAAAAUAUGGAGAACUAGUCAUUCUUGGAUACAACGGUUUUUUACCACCUAGUGAUCGCGGCAGAAGAAGAAGUAAAUUUGUCUUGUACAAAAGACCUGUGGCUAAUGGUGUCAAGCGUAGCAAACAUUACGUCGUGAAAACGCCUCAUUGCUCUCAAGCCAUUUUAAACACAAAACAACACUCAAUCUCGUAUACACUAUCCAGAACACAAGCUGUGAUCGUAGAAUACACUGAGGACGAGAAUACAGACAUGUUUCAGAUUGGAAGAUCGUCGGAGUCACCUAUCGAUUUCGUUGUAAUGGAUACUUAUCCCGGAGGUGGAGAAGCAUCUGCCUCGAACGAAGGACGAGUAGCUCAGAGUACCAUUAGUAGGUUUGCUUGUCGAAUAUUAGCCGAUCGUUCCGAUCCCAAAGUGGCUAGGAUCUACGCAGCUGGCUUUGACGGCUCCAGAAACAUUUUCUUGGGGGAAAAAGCAACCAAAUGGCAGGAAAAUCGAGAAAUAGAUGGACUGACGACUAAUGGCGUUCUGAUUAUGCACCCUCGGGGGCAAUUUUGUGGCGGCGAAGCACAGUGCGGUUACUGGCGUGAAGUUAGCGUGGGUGGUGGUGUUUUUUCGCUUCGAGAAAGCCGAAGCGCCCAACAGAAAGGCAAUGUCGUCGAAGAUGAAAAUAACAUACUUCAAGAUGGUACCCUUAUCGAUCUUUGCGGAGCUACAUUAUUGUGGAGGUCAGCUGAGGGCCUUGCCAAAUCACCUACGAAGCAUGACUUAGAAGAGCUGGUCGAUGCAAUAAAUGCCGGCAGACCUCAGUGCCCUGUUGGUCUCAACACUCUCGUGAUACCACGAAAGGCUGCCUCGGAUUCAGCUCAGCAGCAACCAUACGUAUACCUUAAGUGUGGACAUGUACAGGGCCAUCACGAUUGGGGUCAAGAGAAAGAUAAGGCUACAAGAAGAUGUCCAAUGUGUUUAGUUGCUGGUCCAAUUGUCAAAUUGUGCAUGGGGAUUGAACCAGCUUUUUACGUUGACAGUGGUCCACCAACGUAUGCAUUUAGUCCGUGCGGGCACAUGGCUACUGAAAAAACUGUAAAAUAUUGGGAAAAAGUUGCAAUACCACAUGGCACGAAUGGUUACAUUGCAAUUUGUCCUUUCUGUGCAGUACCACUAGAAGGAUCACCGGGCUAUGUUAAGCUUAUAUUUCAAGAUCACGUAGAUUAAAGUUUUCAACGUGCCGUAAGCUUGUGAGAAAGCUCUGUACAGAAGUCAUUAAUUUUUUUACCCUGACUAAACUUUUCGUUAGUCACGGUAACGAUAGAGCCUUAUCAUGCGUAAAUUAUUGAAAUAGGUUUUUCAAACUAUACAGUUGCGUAGAGUGCCACAAAUUUUUCAAGCGAAUAAUCCUUUUUUUAAACUAGCAUCUGCUGAUCGAUUAUUUUUUACGAAAGCUACUGUCAAACUAUACCUGCCAUAAAACAAAGACAGCUCUGCUGAAAUCUCACGUAGUUUAAGCCUGGAAGUUUCCUUGAUCAAGGCAAUUAAACUACAACAGAUAUAUUGCGGCAUGGAUAGGUUAUCGUAAUAAAACUAUUGUUAAAAAUCAUUCGAUUUAUCUAAGUUUUUUUAGAAAUUAUGUCUGCUUUUCGAUUUACAUUGAUUUUAGAUGGUGUAAUGCUUUUCUUAACGUAAAACUGGAAUGACUAUUCCUAAAAAAAAUGUUAUUUAAAACUUUUUUACUGCUGCAGUUUUGCUGCUAACUAAGUAGAAGCCUUACAUUAUAAAGUUUGAAAGAAUUAUCAUAUAUGUACAAAGAAGCUGUGUUCUUACAAUUACCUGAUGAGCUUAGAAUAAUCUGAGCCAAAGACUCCAUCAAAUUCCAUUUCCAGAAACAGCAUUUUUUCCAUUUAUUUAUCACCUAACCAUGUGAAUAAGAAUGUAUGUACAAGAGAUAGGUGAAUUUGUAACAAAAUAUAAGGCAAAAACAUGUUGUUACAGUAAACUGUUUAUCCAAAAUUACAAAUAUAUUAUAUACAUUUUGGUCCUUGAUGUUUAAUUCUUGAAGAUUGAUUGCGACUCCAACAAACAACUUCUUAUCUAAUUAUAAAUUUUUACGUUGUUUGUAAUAUUACUCUAUAUAUUUAUUAUACAAUUUUUCACGUUAAUGUAGAGUUGAAAUGUGAAUAUUUUGUCAAAAAUAAAACGCGGCAGAGCGGGCGAGAAGGUUGAAGAAUAUAUCAAUCAUCAGGGAAUUGUAUAUUACAACACGUAGAGACUGACGAUAACAAUAAUGAAAUAAGUAGUAGAAUUCAGUAUAAAUUUUUUUGUACAGCAGUAAUUAUACUUUUAAAAAAAGACAAGAAAUUCACAUAAAUACGAAGUUAAUAAGAAUGUCUAGUUUUCGUCCUUACUUUUUCCGUCUGAAAGUAUUUUCCCUUCCAAUUUAAAAGCUAAGUUGACGUAAAUUAAUGUAACUUAACGUUCACACAGCGUCGGAAUAUCAAUAGCAUAAUUCUAGAGUAUCACAUGGAAUCCACUUUGAACUUUCCAAAGCAUCCCAUAAGUUGUAAUCUUGUUCGAUAAUUUCUCUGUUUGAUUUAUCGCCGUCGAAUGGAAUUGAAUGUUCUGGAAAAAAAAUUUAAUUUAUAAUGAAUUUAUAAUUGAUCUUAUUUCUGUAAUGGUAAAAUUUAGUUAGUGAGUAAGAAUUUGGAAUAAAACAAGAUUUACGUCUACCAGGGAUAGUGAUUAUUUCAUGAAUUAUAAGUGUAAUGUAAUGCAGCGCCAUUAUAUGAUUUACAUUACUUUUAUCUAAUGUAAUGCAAAUGUAUUAUACUUUAAGUAUUGCAUUAAUGUCUGAAAUGUCAUUGUCGCAAAUAAAACUGUACAGUUUAAUAAUAAAUC